AUGUCUAUCACUGCGCCACAAAACGAUGAAUCCGUCCAAGACUCCCAUCCUUCAAUCUGCCCAAAGCGACUUCCCAUCGAGCUUAUCGAUUGUAUCAUUACCGAAGCCGCCAAAUCUUGGCGUAAUUAUUUGAAGGUAUAUUCCCGUGUCUGCUGGGAAUGGAAUCACAUUUGCCGCCCCCGAUUGUUCCGUUCAAUACGCGUGCGCCUCUGGGACAUCGACAAACUUUCCUUUCUUCAUUUCACCGCACCGCAUCUUUGCAAAUAUCCUCAGCGCCUCUACGUCGACUGUGGGGAUGAAGACCCCAACAAGCCAGCACCUUCUUGGCAGGCAGACGCUCUCGGCCAAUUCACGAAUGUGUCCUCACUGACACUUCACACUGCGAGAACGGACGUCCUGCCAGAGGCUCGUGUGCCCGCGAUCAUGCGCUUGCUCGCCAAAGCACCUGUUCGUCAGCUCACCUUCUCGUUCUGGGGCUUUUUGGAAGGCGGCGAGGAUCUACUCCAUGCCCUCUCAGCUUGUUCGUCCACGCUGGAGGAGCUCACAUUCGAGACAUGUCACAUCCAGCGCGGCUCCGCCUACCUUUGCAGGGCGUUGACGGAGCCAGUAAACUUUGGACUCCCCCCGGUUGUCCGCUUGACUGCGCUGCGCUCGCUCGAACAAUCGAGUGGAUGGCAACAUCACCCGCAAAUGCAUCGCCUCGAGAUGCCAAACCUCCGUUCACUGUUUUGCGAUUACGUAGAUGGCGACCCUUUCCACCACAUAUGGGCGACGAUUCCGGGCUCCAUCUCGGAGCUUACUCUGCAAAUUCCGGUCGAGGCGACGUCGGCUGUCCCCACCUUCAGCGAGUAUGUCAGGCCCUCUGUGUUGACGAUCAGACUAGCCUAUAGGUACCAAAACGAGCCAUCAUUCGCGCCGCUCAUGGAAUGGCUCACGGACUGCCUUGACCGCCCGCCAUUUCUGGACAACCUUCGUCUCUUGCACAUCAGCAUGUUCAUCACACCGGAGCUGAAUGAAGAUACAACGGACGAACCCUGUUAUCCGACCUACGAGGACUACCGCAGAUUGUAUCGCAUUUUACGGCCGCUGCGGGAUGGUGCACUGCGGCGCGUCAGUCUCGCGCUGCCACUGUACUCAGACAUGGACGGGCGACCAGAGGCAUACUCUGUGGAGAGGACGGGGUUGGAGGUGGCGAAGCUCAAGGAAGUGUUUGGCCCGUUGUCGGAAGGCCGGGUGUCUGUUGAUGUCACGAUCACUCAGAAGAGUAUACGGUACCUAACGUUGUUUUAA